GAUCUACCGGGAUCUGGGGUCCCGCGCAGCACUGAGCCUUUAGCUGCAGGGCUUUAAGCCCAAAACACAGCGCAGUCGCUGCGAGAUCUACAGAAAUACUGAUUUAAAAUAUAAAUACAGGACUUUACAGAUACCUGCAUGAUUUAUUCCGGCUCAGGACGCGAUUUAGACCCGUUUCUCUGCUGGAUCUGCCGGGAUUCGGCUUUAUUUUACCGCUAACGGGCUAAAGCUAACACUCAGCUAAUAGCUUAGCUUAGCGGAUUUCCCUGGUUUUCUCUAAAUUCGGAUUUAAAUUCGGAUAAAAUGGGCUAUCUGAAACUAAUCGAGAUCGAGAACUUCAAGUCCUACAAGGGGAAACAGAUCAUCGGGCCGUUCCACAAGUUUACGGCUAUAAUCGGGCCGAAUGGAUCAGGCAAGUCUAAUCUCAUGGACGCCAUCAGCUUCGUCCUGGCGGAGAAGACCAGCAACCUGCGUGUGAAAACACUGAAGGAUCUGAUUCAUGGAGCUCCUGUCGGCAAACCUGCGGCCAACCGUGCCUACGUCAGCAUGGUGUACCAUGAGGACAACGGAGAGGACUGUACCUUCACCAGAAUCAUCAUCGGUUCAUCAUCAGAGUAUCGCAUUAACAGUAAAGUGGUGGGUCUGUCUGAUUACAGUGAAGCUCUGGAGAAGCUGGGAAUUCUCAUCAAGGCCAGGAACUUCCUGGUGUUUCAGGGAGCAGUGGAGUCCAUCGCUAUGAAGAACCCGAAGGAGAGAACGGCUCUGUUUGAGGAGAUCUCUCGCUCCGGGGAGCUGGCUCAGGAGUACGACCGCCGGAAGAAGGAGAUGGUGAAGGCUGAGGAGGACACGCAGUUCAACUACCAUCGCAAGAAGAACAUCGCAGCCGAGAGAAAGGAGGCCAAGCAGGAGAAAGAGGAGGCGGAGCGUUAUCAGAGGCUGAAGGACGAGGUGGUGCGGGCGAACGUUCAGCUGCAGCUCUUUAAACUCUAUCAUAACGAGUGCGAGAUCGAGAAGCUGAACAAGGAGCUCAGCCAGCGCAACAAGGAGAUCGAUAAAGACCGUAAACGCAUGGACCGCGUGGAGGAUGAGCUGAAGGACAAGAAGAAAGAGCUGGGCAGGAUGAUGAGGGAACAGCAGACCGUGGAGAAGGAGAUUAAGGAGAAAGACGCUGAGCUGAAUCAGAAGAGGCCGCAGUACAUUAAAGCUAAAGAGAACACGGCUCAUAAGAUUAAGAAGCUGGAGGCGGCGAGGAAGUCCCUGCAGAACGCUCAGAAAUGCUACAAGAAGCGUAAAGCAGACAUGGACGAGCUGGAUAAGGAGCAGAAAGCUGUGGAGAUGGCCAGGCAGGAGUUCGAGGAGCGGAUGGAGGAGGAGGCGCAGAGCCAGGGCCAGGACCUCCAGCUGGAGGAGAACCAGGUUAAAGCGUAUCACCGGCUGAAGGAAGAGGCGAGUAAGCGAGCCGCCACCCUCGCCCAGGAGCUGGAGAAAUUUAACCGAGACCAGAAAGCUGAUCAGGACCGGCUGGACCUGGAGGAGAGGAAGAAGGUGGAGACGGAGGCUAAAAUCAAGCAGAAGAUCAGAGAGAUCGAGGAGAACCAGAAACGUAUCGAGAAGCUCGAGGAUUACAUCACCACCAGCAGGCAGUCUCUGGAUGAGCAGAAGAGAAUGGAGGAGGAGCUUACGGAGGAAGUGGAGCAAGCCAAGCGGAGGAUUGAUGAAAUUAACAUGGAGUUGAACCAGGUGAUGGAGCAGCUCGGUGAUGCUCGUAUCGACAGACAGGAGAACAGCAGACAGCAGCGCAAAGCUGAGAUCAUGGAGAGCAUCAAGAGGCUGUACCCUGGAUCAGUGUACGGACGUUUGAUAGAUCUGUGCCAGCCCACUCAGAAGAAGUACCAGAUCGCUGUGACUAAAGUGCUGGGUAAAAACAUGGACGCCAUCAUCGUGGACUCGGAGAAGACCGGCCGUGACUGCAUCCAGUACAUUAAAGAGCAGAGAGGAGAACCUGAGACCUUCCUGCCCCUCGACUACCUCGAGGUUAAGCCGACUGAUGAGAAGUUGCGAGAGCUGCGUGGAGCUAAACUGGUGAUAGAUGUGAUUCGUUACGAGCCGCCGCACAUAAAGAAAGCCCUGCAGUACGCCUGCGGGAACGCGCUCGUCUGUGACAACGUGGAGGACGCCCGUAGAAUCGCCUUCGGGGGACCAUACAGACACAAGACGGUGGCUCUGGAUGGAACACUGUUCCAGAAGUCUGGUGUGAUCUCGGGAGGAGCCAGUGAUCUGAAGGCUAAAGCUCGGCGUUGGGACGAGAAAGCUGUGGACAAGCUGAAGGACAGGAAGGAGAAGCUCACAGAUGAGCUCAAGGAGCAAAUGAAGGCGAAGAGGAAGGAGGCGGAGUUGCGUCAGGUUCAGUCUCAGGCUCACGGUCUGCAGAUGAGGCUGAAGUAUUCUCAGAGUGACCUCGAGCAGACCAAGACUCGCCACCUCUCCCUGAACAUGCAGGAAAAAUCUAAGCUGGAGAGUGAGCUGGCCAACUUUGGGCCUCGUAUAAACGACAUCAAGAGGAUCGUUCAGUCCCGUGAGCGAGACAUGAAGGAGCUGAAAGACCGUAUGAACGUGGUGGAGGACGAGGUGUUCUUUGAGUUUUGUAAGGAGAUUGGUGUGCGAAACAUCCGUGAAUUCGAGGAGGAGAAGGUCAAGAGGCAGAAUGAGAUCGCCAAGAAACGCUUGGAGUUUGAAACCCAGAAGACCCGCCUUGCCAUUCAGCUGGACUAUGAGAAGAACCAGCUGAAGGAGGAUCAGGAGAAGGUGGUGAUGUGGGAGCAGACCGUCAAGAAGGACGAGAAUGAAAUCGAAAAACUGAAGAAGGAGGAGCAGAGGCACAUGAAGAUAAUAGAUGAGACUAUGGCUCAGCUGCAGGACCUGAAAAACCAGCACCUGACCAAGAAAUCUGAGGUCAACGACAAGAACCAUGAGAUGGAGGAGAUCCGCAAGAAGCUCGGUUCUGCCAACAAAGAGUUAACGCAGCUUCAGAAGGAGGUGACCGCUAUCGAGACUAAGCUGGAGCAGAAGCGCAGCGACCGACACAACCUGCUGCAGGCCUGCAAGAUGCAGGACAUCAAACUGCCCCUCAGAUCUGGAACCAUGGAGGACAUCAGCCAGGAGGAGGGAAGUUCUCAGGAGGAAUCGAUGAGCAGCAGCCAGAAGACGUCCAGCACUGUUCUGGCCAAAGAGGCUCUUAUUGAGAUCGAUUACAGCAGCCUAUCAGAAGACCUCAAGGACGCUCUGUCGGAUGAGGAGUUAAAGGGGGAGAUGAACACCCUGCAGCAGAGGCUGAACGAGCAGCAGAGCAUUCUCCAGAGGAUCAGCGCCCCCAACAUGAAGGCCAUGGAGAAACUGGAGAGCGUCAGGGACAAGUUCCAGGAGACCAGCGACGAAUUUGAGGCUGCAAGAAAGAGAGCGAAGAAAGCUAAGCAGGCGUUCGAGCAGAUAAAGAAGGAGAGGUUUGAUCGCUUCAACGCCUGUUUCGAGUCCGUCGCCACCAACAUCGACGAAAUCUACAAAGCCCUGUCCCGCAACAGCAGCGCCCAGGCGUUUUUGGGUCCGGAGAACCCGGAGGAGCCGUAUCUGGACGGGAUUAACUAUAACUGCGUGGCUCCUGGAAAGCGUUUCAGGCCGAUGGAUAACUUAUCUGGAGGAGAGAAGACCGUGGCGGCUCUCGCUCUGCUGUUCGCAAUUCACAGCUAUAAACCUGCUCCUUUCUUCGUGCUGGAUGAGAUUGAUGCUGCCUUGGACAACACCAACAUCGGCAAGGUGGCGAACUACAUUAAGGAUCAGUCUGUAGAGAACUUCCAGGCCAUCGUGAUCUCUCUGAAGGAGGAGUUCUACACUAAGGCCGACUCUCUGGUUGGAGUUUAUCCUGAGCAAGGAGACUGUGUUAUCAGUAAGGUUCUGACCUUCGACCUCUCCCAGUAUCCCGACGCCAAUCCUAAUCCCAACGAGUGAAGCAGCUCCAACAUUCCCAACCUAGCAGGACUUUUAUUUUGUAUUGAAGAUUAAUCCUGCAGACUCUGGUUUAGUUUAGUGAGAGUCUGUGAUCACUUCUUUUAUUUCUAUUGGUACAGGAAGAGCAUCUGUAAAACAUCUGUAAUGGAUAAAUAGACGUUGACGCUUUCUUUUUAUGCCUGUUGGGUUAUUAAACGUAUUAACACACAGAUAUUUACACUUUACCAUGUUGAGUGAACUUCAGUGAGCUUUUUUUAUCAUGUAUUUCUGUUUCUGCUGUUUUGCUUUUUCCUGCUGAUCGUGUUUCUUCUUUGUAAUAAAUAUUCAUAAUUUUGAUGGAUGGAUGGAUAAAGAUUCAGGGGUUCAGGGGUAAAAUACAUGCAUUUCUUCCUGAAAUUUGUAACUGUUACUGUUUUUUAAGCUUAAUUAGUGCUUUAUAGAGAAGUGUAGAACCACAGCGAACAUGUGAUUUGGUGUUUUUUUAGAGAAACUGUUAGAAAAACUUGCUUUAUGGGCUCAUCAUUUUUUUGCUUCUACCCUAAUGCUGUCUGUUUCUUAUUAUGUAAUGUAAAAUGAUGGACUUUUCUGAACAAUAAACUGUUUAUAACA